AUGUCGUGGAGACCUCCAGGCCCACCGGGCAACCCACACUCCGGACCCGGAUUCACCGGUCGAAACCGACAAUCCUCGAACGGCGGCCCAUCAGGUGUCUCAAGAUCGUCGGCGUCUCAGCUUAGGGAGCACGAGUCGCUGUUCACGAGCUAUGAACACCUCCAAGGUCUACCGCGCGCCGACUCGGCCCUGACGAUGCUACGGAAAGUGGCAUCCCUCGUCAAGCCCAUCAUGCGGAAGCGAGGUUGGAGAGUACAGGUUCUGGCGGAGUUCCUGCCCCCAGAGCAGAACCUUUUGGGCCUCAAUAUCAACAAGGGCUAUAAGAUCUGUAUUCGACUGCGCUAUCCCAACAAUCCGGAUCUGUUCCUUCCACUCGAGCAGGUUGUCGACACGAUGCUGCACGAAUUAUCACACAACGUCUGGGGCGAGCACGAUUCCAACUUCCACAAGCUUUGGGACGAGCUGCGCGACGAACACGAAGCGCUGGCACGCAAGGGCUAUACUGGUGAAGGGUUCUUGGGCGAGGGUAAGAAACUCGGCGGAACUGGCUAUGCCCGACCACCUCCACUUCACGAAAUGCGUCAGCGAGCUCGAGCAAGCGCAGAGAAGCGCAAGACCCAGUCAACGCUUGGUCAUGGAUCUGGCCAGCGAUUAGGCGGCACGCCACUUCACGCCCAUGGGCGGGACGUCAGGGAGGUUAUUGCGGAUCAAGUUUCACGGCGGAAUACGAUUAACAGAGGAUGCGGAUCUGGAAGGAGCGAUGCUAGUCAGCUGGCAGAGCAAGCUUCUAACAACACCUUCAAGACCAAGGCCGAAGAGGAUGACGCAAACAACCGCGCGAUAGCGCAGGCACUUAUGGAGCUCAUGGAGGAGGAAGAAGCGGCGAAGCUCAAUGGAGAUCCGGCCAAGUCCGGCGCAGGUCUGGCCUGGGAUCCGAAGUACGGUCUUCACGAUGCGAGCAUGAGCAUUCCGGAGGGUCCGAAGACUUCAAAUGGGCAUGAGGGCCAUCCAAGUGAAGAAGAACAGCUGAAGUGGGCGAUGCAAGAGAGCAUGAAUUCGUCUGCACCGGGUUCAGGCGGUCUUCCAGCACAACCCAUCAGGCACGAGAUGCUAGACGAGCAGCAAUUCAAGCGGGACGAAGAGCCGCUCAUCGAUUUGACCAGCAUUCCAGAAGCCAAUGACGCCGAACAAGACUCCUGGACCUGCGAAGUUUGCACACUGGUCAAUCCGCUGCAAUACCUGUCCUGCGAUGCCUGUGGUGUCGAGCGUCCACAAUCAGUCAUGGCGCGGAAUGGCAGCUCCAGUCGUAAGAUGAAGUCGGAGAAGACGACGAAGACGAGCAGAGCGGCUGCCCCAGGAGCGUUCGGCAAGGGCAAGCGGGAGAUGCCAGCACCGAAGCAGAACGAGAGCCUGGGCUGGAAGUGCCAAUGCGGUGCCUUCAUGGAGCACAAGUGGUGGACAUGUAGUGCAUGUGGGUCCAUGAAGACUUCAUCGUAG